AUGGAACAGCUGAAAAUCGAGUACGAAAAGGAGGAGCACAGAGCGGAUGCCAGAAAAGUGUUGGCAUUUGGAGCGACGGGAGAAGAAGACGAGAUUCCAGAUGAGCUGGCUGCACUGAUGAAGAGUGUAUGGUCGGAUGAGGGUAUUCAGAAGGCAGUCGCGAGAUCCCGCGAAUAUCAGCUCAACGACUCGGCAGAAUACUAUUUGAGUCAGCUGGAUCGAAUUUGUGAGGCCGACUACAUUCCCACGCAGGAUGACGUCCUCCGAACACGAAUCAAGACGACGGGCAUCGUCGAGACGCAGUUCAUCUUCAAGGAUAGGCUUUUCAAUCGAAUGCGCGAAUCGCUGAAAGUGUUCGACUCGAUUUGCAACAGUAAAUGGUUCGUCGAGACUUCGAUCAUUCUAUUCCUGAACAAAAAGGACCUGUUCGAGGAGAAGAUCAAGAAGUCCCCGCUGACAUAUUGCUUCCCAGAAUACACGGGACACGACAACUUUGACGAUGGAUCAGCAUUCAUUCAGAAGCAAUUUGAGAUUGUUAACAAGAGACAGGGAGGACAGAAGGAAAUCUACACCCAAUUCACAUGUGCCACCGACACGAACAACAUCCGAUUCGUCUUCGACGCCGUAACCGACAUUGUGAUUCGGGACAAUUUGCGCACGUGUGGUCUCUACUAG